CACACACAUAGCUCUAAUUUUGUGUGCACUGAAGCUCACGUGGAUGGCACAAACUAAAUACACGUUUAGUCUCGUUUGUAGGAUAUCAACAGAAUUGUUUACACGUCCUGUACUCCUGAAUCUUGACCAGGAAUUUCUCAACUGACAAACCAUGCCAACAAAAGGUUUCUUACAACGAUUAAAUGAUGGCGAGGCUAUUAUCAUUGCGGAGGGAUAUAUGUGGGAACUUGAGAGAAAGGGUUACGUAAAGUUCGGGGAGUUCACACCGGAAGUAGUUCUGAACAAUCCAGAAGUGGUGCGAAUAAUGCAUGAAGAAUAUGCACACGCAGGAAGUGACGUCGUCGAAGCGUUUACGUAUUUAGGCAACAGAAAGCGCUUGCGAGCUAUUGGCAUUGAGGAAGGGCUGGAAGAACUUAACAGACGUGCUUUAAGAAUGGCCCGGGAAGUCGCGGACGCCACAGGGUCUCUCAUGGCCGGAGAUAUUUCACAUACCUGGCACUACCAGCCCGAUAAUCCCGAAGCAAUGAAGGAAUUAAGAGCUAUGUUUAAGGAACAAAUCGAAUGGGCUGUUCAGGAAAAGGCUGAUUACAUCAUCGGGGAGACAUUCCAGGACUUCGGAGAAGCCAUGAUUGCACUCGAAAUGAUCAAGGAACACGGAAACGGGCUGCCGGCUGUCAUAACACUGACGGUAUACCAACCGGAUGUAAUGCUAGACGGAGUCCCUGUUCCAGAGGCAUGCAAACGGCUCGAAGAUGCUGGGGCUGCCGUAGUUGGCCUGAACUGUGCGCGUGGACCCCAAACAAUGAUGCCCUUACUGAAAGAGAUCCGAAAAGUCUGUAAGGGUCCCCUUGCGGCUAUCCCAGUCCCUUUCCGAUGCAGGGGCAAGUACAAAACCUUCCAGUCACUUCUGGACCCUGAAACAGGUGAUCGCCUCUACCCUGACAAUCUGUCAGCUCAGCUCUGUACUCGUUGGGAGGUACGCAAGUUCGCAGAAGAAGCCAAAGAGCUCGGUGUUCAGUACAUUGGAUUGUGCUGUGGCAACUCGCCAGCAUUCUUCCGCGAGGUGACGGAUGUGUAUGGCAGAACAACCGGCGCCAGUAAAUAUAGUCCUGACUUCACCAACAGUCUGUCCAGGUCGACUGAUCCGAAAAACAAGAAGAUACAGUCGUUUAUGUUCGAUUGUGUGGACUAAAGCCUCUAAUAACAUUCAUCCAACAAGAUUAAGACAAGACUAAAUAGAAAAAAGUUUGUGACCGGGAAAAUGCGAAAAAUAAAUUUGGCGUAACUUUCGUCUA